UGAUCGGGUAGAGAGCUUUGAUGCUCGCACUGCGAUAGGAUCAAUGGAAGCCGAGGUCCUAUAUAAAGAGUACCGAACAAAUCUUCGACAGUUAAGAUCGACAGCGUGAGUGUGUCGGAAGCUCGACUUGCACAAGGAAGGCAGCAAUGGCCGACGAGACGGAGCCGCUCAUACGAGGAGCGAGCGGGGCAGGGCAGGGCCUGAAUCGCUGGCUGACGGGCCAGCAGCACACUUGGCUGACCGGGAUCGUCGUCGCAGCUCUGGUGCUUGUGGGAGGGCACGAUCUGCUGAAGAAUGGAGCCGGGUCGUCAGCAGAGGACUGGGGGAACGCGCGGCCCCUGGAGAAGCUGAAGCAGCCGCUGGUGAUUCUCAUCUCGCUCGAUGGCUUCCGAUGGGGCUAUCAGCAGAAGGUGUCCACGCCCAACAUCGACAGCCUCAUGGCCGAGGGCACCGCAGCGGCCAAGGGGCUCAUCCCCGUGUACCCGACUGCCACAUUCCCCAACCACUACUCCAUCGCCACGGGCCUGUACCCGGCAUGGCACGGCAUCAUUCAGAACGAAUUCCGCGAUCCUGUGACGAGAAAGAAAUUCAAGCGUGGCGAUAACAGCCCCGAGUGGUGGCUGGGCGAGCCAUUGUGGGUCACCGUGACCAAGCUCGGGAAGGUCGCCGCCGCCUCGUUCUGGCCCGGGUGCGAAGUGGAGCUGCCUCCAUGGACGUGCCCGCCGCAGUUCUGCCCAGCUUACAACAAAAGCGUAGGGGAGGUGCAGCGCAUCAAUCAAGCGCUCGAGUGGGUGGAUCUGCCCGACGAGCAGAGGCCGAGCUUCAUGAGUCUGUACUUCAACUCUCCCGACGCUGAGGGCCACACCGUGGGCCCCGAUGGGCCGCAGCUCUCUGCGGCACUGCAGCGUGUGGAUUCGCUGCUGGGGCUGCUGAUCGAUGGGCUCAAGGCCAGGGGCGUGUACGACGAUGUGUCUCUGAUUCUGCUCGGAGAUCACGGCAUGGUGCAGACCUGCGAGGGCAAGCACAUCUACGUUGAGGAUUUCAAGCCUUGGAUCAACAUUCCCGCCGAGUGGGUGGAGUACAGCGGCACUCAGCUCACCAUUCGACCGCCGGAGAAUGUGAGCGCUGUCGAUGUGCACGCGGGAAUGCUGGACGCCUUGUCCACCGGGAAAAUUCAGAACGGCGAGCAUCUGAAGGUGUACCUGCGCGAGGACCUUCCCCCGAGGCUGCACUACUCAUCGGGCCGAGUCCAGCCCAUCAUCGGUCUGGUCGAUGAGAGCUACAACGUCGCGUACGACCGAAGUGGCACUUGGUGCGGUGGAGUUCACGGCUACGAUAAUGCGCUGAUGUCGAUGCGCAGUAUUUUCAUCGCUCGUGGCCCACAAUUCGCCCGAGGCAGGCUCGUUCCAUCGUUCGAGAAUGUGCAGGUCUACAACGUGAUUGCCAACAUUCUCAGCCUCCAGAACGCUGCCCCCAACAAUGGCAGCUUGAGCUUCAAGAAUUCAUUGCUCCUCUCGCCUUAGGGGGCUCGGAGGUUUGCCAGACUCGAACAGAGAUAGAGAGGGUAGAGGUAGAGGGUACGAUUCCUACCGAUUGCUUUGCUGAGAUCUUGCAGUCUACAAAAGGUAGAAGGAUAGAUCGAGGCGAAACAGGACCGAGAUAUCGAUCACGGCAUAUCUCUGUGUCCGGAGUCCUCGUAUCUAAACGCGACGUUCAUAGAGGUUCAGUCAAGACCCAAGUCUCGACUGACUUGUAGCCCGAGGCCUUACAAUUUUAUCAAUGCAAGUGCCUGACGUACUUGGGAACAAUUGCACUGCUUUCAUCUGUUUGAUGUCAUCCCAACAUCUAGAACUGAGUACCACUUGUUCUGCGACCAGAUUGUUCCGAUUCGUAUAACUGAAACGUGGUGGACACGACAGAAGGGAGGGACGAGGAUGAACGGGAGCACCAGGUGCCCAUCUCUACCUCCUGUUGUGGACCAAGCUACGGCCCUUCGUAACAAUUCCAAUUCCCUACGCCGAGGUAAAAUCAGAAACGACCACGGACCCUUUAACCUUUUAUACGGACCCUCCGGUCGAUCGUGCAGAGUACAGAUCUCUGCCUGUCGCGAUCACAUUCUAGACUGGACUGCAGCCAGCACGAGAGCAGUUUUGUCGAUUUACAAGACUCGUUCCCUGCACGAUUGUGUUGGGCACGUGAGGUCCAUCUCUGAAGGGUAAGUGGCAACGCUGUCCUAAAAUGAACGCGGUGAGGCUACAUGAACCGCACCGCUACAUGGAGGAAGUAUUAAUGAUGUAUAAGGUCCAAUCAACUGUAUUCUUGAGGAUCCAACCAAUGUGUUUUAUUCGGUCACAUCUUCCCUUCCAUCACAAGCGGCCCAGCAACAUCAUCCAAUUUCUGCUCGAUCUAUAACAUCACAGAAAGUGGUUACUUCCACCAACAUUCGAAGAUUUUAUAUCCGCAGUUUGGAUAUGCUCGAAGCAGAUCAAGACUUCUGGUUGAAGCCUUGAUAGUCAACGACUCUAGUGAAAUUCCAAUUUUGUGGUAGAGGGAAUUUUUUCUUGAAGUGUUUCUUCGAACCUUAUGAAGAUUGGUGAGCAGGAGUAUCGCAAGACUUCUUCCAGGAUAGCUUUUCGGUGUACAAAUUAGCUUCUUUGAUCUAUUUUGCAUAUCAUUGAAGGAAGCGAUAGGUAAUCAGGAACUGCGUAUUACUGCGUUCCAAGUACUGUGCUGUACCUGCUAGGAGUCUCUCCUGUUCUUGAGUCUCCGAAUAUUUUAGUUCAUGUUAAGAACAUCUUCUUAUCUUGAUCAUAGGAGUCGCUAAUGAGGAUUCGGGUGCUCCCGUAUCAGUUUCGUAACCCUUCUGACUAUAGGACAAGAGCAGUCUUGUAUGUACAUGUAUUCCCAAACAGCCCUUUUAAACGUGAGUGAAAUUUUGAGACUGCAAGAACUUUAUUGAGAAAGCAUGUCUGGUAUGUAAUAAUGCAG